AUGCCAGCUCCUCAGCAUGAUCCUGCUGACGUUACUGGAGAGCGCAUCCCACUUACCAAAUCGGAGAUAUCCUCGGCAGAUGACUGGCAUGGUCUGGCGGAUGCUAAGGAGCGCAGGAAAAGGCAAAACCGGUUAAAUCAACGACGGCACCGCGAAGAGGCCAGAAGAAGGAGACAUGCGAAUGCACAGUCAAACAGUCCUCAGUUCUUGUCUCCAUCCAUCACAGCUGGCCAAUCGCAUCAAGUAGAGCAAAACCUUAAGGGUCAUCAAGCUCCAAAUCAAAAGAUCACCGAACUUGAAGAUUUGGCAAUACUUGCUGCAGCCACUGUUCCCCAACCCAGUCCCCGAUCUUCGAGUGGAGACAGUCAAUCCUGCGCAGAACAAUUCUCGUCCGCCCCGCACAUGAUGAGACUCUGGUUCGCAAUGCCAUGGCCCCACAAGCGAAAGGCAUUAAUAGAGCAACUCGCCACAUACCACAAUAGCUAUGUCAUGAACUGUCCAUUAUCUAAUCAUCUGCUCACCCUGACAAAAAUGAACGUUCACCGCGCUUUCGUGUGCAAUAUGGUAACUUUGGGGAUUACCUGGGAAUGGAUGCAAGACGAUUCAAUAUCACCAUUUUACACGGUAGGGCCGGCAAAGGAGGCCUUACCGACACGGCCAACCCUGAUUCCAACACCUCUCCAGCGAAGGAGUGAGCACCACACCUGGAUUGAUUUGUUUCCUUGUCCUAUAAUGCGAGAUAACCUUGUGAGGGCAGGAAAUGAGUGGGACGAUGAAGACCUAUGCACAGAUAUCAUGGGCUUCUGGAAUGGAGGUUCGCCAGAUCCUCAGGGGCUGAUUGUCUGGGGUGAUCCUUCUGAUAUCGGGAAUUGGGAGCUUCAACCUGGGUUCGUGACGAAAUGGGGCUGGAUUGUUCGGGGUUGUAGUGAGAUUAUACGUUCUACGAAUCAAUGGAGGGCAAAGAGAGGCGAGAGGCCGUUGUUUGCUGCGUCGUUUCUUGCAUCUGCUUAA